AUGACGUUCCACCUUAGUCUCCGGCAAGGUUUCUUCCGGGUCAAACUACUGCAAGUGGAACUCGACGAUAAUGGCUUACCUGAUUACGUCACAGAUCCGGCUUGCGUCAUCAGCCUCAGGGAAAGCAAAACACAAACUGCCCUUCAAGCAAAGAAACCAUAUUACCAAGAAUGGAAUACCCAUUUUGAUGUCAAGCUGGACAAAGAUACUGUUCUGAAAUUGGACGUCGUGGAGAAACCUUUCCGAUCUCUGGCUUUCCGGAUCUUGACGUUGGAUGAUUUUGAUAAACUGUGCCCAGAAAACAAUCGCAGCUAUACUACAUGGAUAAAUUUAUCUCCCAGUGGAAAACUUAAUCUUCAGAUUCGAUUUUAUGAACAAGAUGAGUCUGAAUAUCCUGAGUGGGAAGCUGAAUUUCAGAACUCCUUGCCGUCAAAUGGAGUUAUAAACAGGCGGCGGGGAGCCGUGAAACAUCAGAAAGUCCACGAAGCCAAAGGUCACAAAUUUAUUGCCAAGUUUUUUCGGCAACCGACAUUCUGUGCAUUUUGCAAGGAAUUUUUAUGGGGUUUUGGAAAACAAGGUUACCAGUGUCAAGCUUGUCAAGUAGCUGUACAUAAAAAGUGCCAUGACAAAUUCCUCGGGAAAUGCACCGGGUCUAGUUUAGAGUCUCAAGCUACAUUAGUAAGUAUGCUUAUAACAAAAUGCACCAUUGGUUGA